AUGGCACUCUCAGCUCACCCUGGAUUCGAUGUGGGAGGGUGUCUGUGGUUUGACGACCUCACAGCGUUCCCCCAGGGUGUGCUGGGCUGGGUGCUUCCCAUCGCCAUCGCUGGCUCCUUCUACUCCUCAGUGCAGGUGCCUUCCCUUCCAUCACCCUUGCCCCUCUCUUGCCAGCCCUCUCCCUCUCACCUGUCCCUCUAUCCCUCACCCUUCCCUCACUCCUUCACCUACCUCUGCUGA